AUGGUCCACUAUCACAGUGGAUCAGAGGAUAUGUUUUUAAGGUGGUUCGUGUGUACCAUCGAGGAGCUCGAAUCUCUGAGUAGCAAGCACUUCGUUGUCCAGAACACGAAGGUGCCGGGUGGUGGUUUCUUUGAAGUGCAGGGAAUCUAUUACUCUCAGGUGGAUGUAGAGUUGGCUUUUGAAGUGACAGGGCUGGAAAAAUCUGAGGCCUUCGAUCCUUCAUGGACGACUAAUGCCCAAGCACUCUGUGGCCAGAAGAGAGCAAACGUCAGGGGUAGAGCCGGGCCAUUUGGUCUCUAUGUUCUAGCUUCAGCCAACAUGGAAGAGAGAACUUCCGUCUUCUUCAGAAUCUUCAAAGCUCAAACAAAAUACAAGGUCCUCAUGUGUCAUGAUCCUACCAGAUCAACGCUGAGAACAAACAUGUACAAACCAACAUUUGCGGGCUUUGUCGAUGUCGAUAUACCUGAAAGUGGCAAAAUAUCUCGGAGGAGUUUGCUAUGCUCGAUUAAUCUUUUGGACAAUGGUUUUCCUUGUAUCAUAAUAUUGACCACUCUGUGGUGGAGAGCUUUGGGGCUGGGGGGGACGACAUGCAUUACAUCCCGAGUUUAUUCCAACACAGCCAUCAGAAGAAAUGCUCAUCUAUUUGUGUUCAACAAUGGAUUAGCCAAUGUGAAAGUAUCAAAGCUCGAAGCAUGGGAGAUGAAGAGGCCCUUCAUGAAUGGAGCAUGA